UAUCGGAAUUGUGGCCUUCUGGAACCUUUUGUUCUUGCAGUUGGCGUUGUUGGUUCACUGAUCACGGAUGAUCUUCCAAAUCCCCUCGAGCUUCGACGAGCCUUCUGGACGCGUUAUGGAUCUCUUCGCUUUCGAUGUAACGCAAUGUUAUGUUCAGAAUUUGUGCGUGUUUGCCAGUUGCAGUCAGGCUUUUCGUUGUGCAUUGCAGAAGUACUGAAUCGGUACUGCAAAGUCACAGCUAUAGCAGCCUCCGCGAACAUGCUGAUUACCUCUGCUGUCAUGGUCGCUCACAAGAGAUCCAGCGCG